UAUUCACUGUUGUAGCAUCGACAUUUGCGAUCCACAUGUAAACGCAUUGUUUUUAGUUUGCACAGUAGAGAAUCAUAGAUAUUGUAGAUAAAUACAUAUAUAUAUUGACAAAAUUAGUUUUCUCACUUUCCCCCUCAGGAAGCAGAUUCGUCAAAAGUGUUUCACAGGGAUGCUGGCUCAUGUUGACUCCCAAUGGUUGUCAAAUUGGCUGGAUGUUUUAAUUGUCUCAAGACUUUAAAAUCACUUUAACCUGUCUCCUCCCCUUCAUCUACACCGAUUUAAAGUGGAUUUAAUAAGUGUCAUCAAUAAGGGAUGAUAGCUUUCAUCUGGUCAGUUUAUCAUGGAAAGAGCUAGUGCUCUUUUAGGCUUUUUUAAAAAAUCAAUUUUUUUGCGGAUCCCAGGCAAUGGGGGUGAGAGUGAGGUGGAAUUCAAUCCCAUUUUCGUGAGUCGAAUGAUCCCCAAAUUGGAUUGGAGCACACUGUUUCAGGCGGCUGAUGGGGUGAGUGUCUCCGUAUGACUACGACUAUCUGGAAUGCCAGAGUUUCUAUUGGACAGAUUCAGGUAGCUCCAUAGAGAGACAGAGGACUCAUCUUUGUAUCUGUGCCAUUUUAUAGCUCAUGUAUCAAAUCAAAUGUUAUUUGUUACAUGCGCCGAAUACAACAGGCGUAGUAGACCUUACAGUGAAAUGCUUACUUACAAGCUUGUAACCAACAAUGCAGUUGUAAGAAAUAAGAAUAACAAAUAAUUCAAGAGCAGCAGUAAAUAACAAUAGCAUGGCUAUAUACAGGGGGUACCGGUGUCAAGGUAACAUGUACAGUUGAAGUCAGAUGUUUACAUACACUUAGGUUGAAGUCAUUAAAACACGUUUUUCAACCACUCCACAAAUUUCUUGUUGACAAACUAUAGUUUUGGCAAGUCGGUUAGGACAUCUACUUCAUGCAUGACAAGUAAUUUUUCUAACAAUUCUUUACAGACAUUAUUUCCCUUAUAAUUCACUACAUCACAAUUACAGUGGGUCAGAAGUUUACAUACACUAAGUUGACUGCCUUUAAACUGCUUGGGAAAUUCCAGAAAAUCAUGUCAUGGCUAUAGAUGCUUCUGAUAGGCGAAUUUACAUAAUUUGAGUCAAUUGGAGGUGUACCUGUGGAUGUAUUUCAAGGCCUACCUUCAAACUCAGUGCCUCUUUGCUUGACAUCAUGGGAAAAUCAAAAGAAAUUAACGAUUGUAGGCAUCCACAGGUCUGGUUCAUCAUUGGAAGCAAUUUCCAAACGCCUGAAUGUACAACAUUCAUCUGUACAAACAAUUGUACGCAAGUAUAAACACCAUGGGACCAAGCAGCCGUCAUACCGUUCAGGAAGGACACGCGUUCUGUCUCCUAGAGAUGAACGUACUUUGGUGGGAAAAGUGCAAAUAAAUCCCAGAACAACAGCAAAGGACCUUGUGGAGAUGCUGGAGGAAACAGGUACAAAAGUAUCUACAUCCACAGUAAAACAAGUCCUAUAUCGACAUAACCUGAAAGGCCGCUCAGCAAGGAAGAAAGUUAAAGCUUGGUCGCAAAUGGGUCUUCCAAAUGGACAAAGACCCUAAGCAUACUUCCAAAGUUGUGGCAAAAUGGCUUAAUGACAACAGUCAAGCUAUUGGAGUGGCCAUCACAAAGCCCUGACCUCAAUCCCAUAGAAAAUUUGUGGUCAGAAAAAGCAUGUGUGAGCAAGGAGGUCUUACACACCAGUUCUGUCAGGAGGAAGGGGCCAAAAUUCACUCAAAUUAUUGUGGGAAGCUUGUGGAAGGCUACCUGAAACAUUUGACCCAAGUUAAACAACUUAAAGUCAAUGCUGCCAAAUACUAAUUGAGUGUAUGUAAACUUCUGACCCACUGGGAAUGUGAUGAAAGAAAUAAAAGAUGAAAUAAAUAAUUGUCUCUACUAUUAUUCUGACAUUUCACAUUCUUAAAAUAAGGUGGUGAUACUAACUGACCUAAGACAGGGAUUCUUUACUAGGAUUAAAUGUCAGGAAUUGUGAAAAACUGAGUUUAAAUGUAUUUGGCUAAGGUGUAUGUAAACUUCCGACUUCAACUGUACAUGUAGGCAGAGUUAUGCAUAGAUAAUAACAGAGAGUGGCAGCAGUGUAGAGGGGGGGUCAAUGCAAAUAGUCUGGGGUGGCCAUUUGAUUAACUGUUCAGGCCUGGGGGUAGAUGCUGUUUAGAAGCCUCUUGGACCUAGACUUGGCGCUCCGGUACCGCUUGCCGUGCGGUAGCAGAGAGAACGGUCUAUCACUAGGGUGGCUGGAGUCUUUGACAAUUUUUAGGGCCUUCCUCUGACCGGUGAUGUACUGGGCCGUACACACUACCCUCUGUUCUGCCUUGCAGUCAGAGGCCGAGCUGUUGCCAUACCAGGCAGUGAUGCAACCCGUCAGGAUGCUCCCGAUGCUGCAGCUGUAAAACCUUUUGAGGAUCCAUGCCAAAUCUUUUCAGUCUCCUGAGGGGGAAUAGGUUUUGUCGUGCCCUCUUCAUGACUGUCUUGAUGUGCUUGGACCAUGUUAGUUUGUUGGUGAUGUGGAUGCCAAGGAACUUGACACUCAAACUGCUCCACUACAGCCCCGUCGAUGAGAAUGUGGGCUUGCUCGGUGCUCCUUUUCCUGUAGUCCACAAGGGGGCAAUGUUCUGGUCUAGAAGCACAGUUUACUGCUCCUACAGUUUUGCUUCAGUACUGCAGUUUACCUGACACGGCCCAGAAAGACAAUGUUCAUACAUUGCCACAUGGAGAAGUCAGAUUUGAACAUUCCAAAUAAAACAUUGUCCUCAAAACAUCCAUUGAAUAAUUCAAAUAAUUGUCGCUUAGGCUGAUUUUGUUUUCUCCAUCACUUACAGCCGCAGAUACUAACAUUUUAUAUUCAUCGAAUAUCUGCCAUGUUUUAAGAUGACGUGAUGUCAUCACUGCUCACGAUGCUCCCUGUGCACACUGAGUGCUAUUGCGCGUGUAAUUUUGGUCCGUAAUAAACCGGAUAGAGAUGUUCAAUGAAUCGGCGUAUGCAAACAUGAGUAGAUCACCUUUUAAACAAUGGUCAGACAUCUUUGAUGCAGUCUCCAGUUAUUAUUAUACCUCAGUGGUGACAGCAUGGGCAGUGCCAUUGAGGCUAUCUCCAUUGUAAAGUAGUCCAUUUUAUUCUUCACUAUUGGAUGAUUCCUCCUGAUGACCCAGUUGGACAUGACUACAACAGGAGGGAUUAGCCAAUGAAAUUGGAAGUCCCACCCAGUUUACUUCAUUAAAAUGUUGGAUGCCCUCAAUUGUUUUGUCUAUGCUAAGACAGCCUUUUGGCCACUAGAGGUAUCUAUCAUUCUCUAUGGUCCCUUCCUGUUUUGUUGUUUGCUCUGUUUACUACCGUUUGGUUCUUAAACUGAGUCAUUUAAAGCUACUGUAUCCAACAGAGCUGGGUCUUCUCCAGGGCUCACCUGCAGAACUGGUCACAGACUAUGAGAAGAAUGAAGACUUCCUGUGUAAAAUACACAGGGUUUUGCUGGAGGUGAAGGUGCUGGAGGGCUGUCUGCAGUGCCCAGAUUCUGGCCAAGAGGCAACUGGUCCAGAAGAGGCAACUGGAGAUACAUCAACUCCAGAACGGUUCGCCCACAGACCAAGGGGCCGUGGCUCUCGGUGGAUGUCACAGACACUGUGACAGACUGGCUGGCUCAUAGAGGUCUGGGUGAUGAGCUGCUUCAGCAGCAGUUGCGGAGGCCAGGGUCAGGGCUGGCUAAGGGCCAGGUAGAUUUUAGUACCAAGACCCCCCACCUCAUCCUCACCUUAAGGCCCAGCGACAGGGUCGACAACCCAGGCAAGAUGACCCGCAAGAAGAGGGCCACCGCAGACACCACCACCUGCUCCAGGUAGGGUAAGCACCUCAGAUCCAGAUAUCAAAAACUUAAUGUUAUCUACAACCAUACAAGAUACUUAGAGGUUUCUCUUUAUUUUGGUCUUUGAUAUACAUAAUUACUACACAUUUGUUCAUAACAAUAUUACAAUCAUCAAUAAUGUUGCAAUCAAUCUAUUGGAGGCUUAUAGUCCUGAA